AUGCCGAAAACCAAGUCAGACGAAAGAGUGGAGGAUGCCAUCAUUCGUCGCAAGGCUAUUUUGACAAACCUGUCGGAUGUUGAAAGGUUUACGAGAGAGUUCAACGUAGAUCGUGAUGCUGGGCGCCUUCAAGUUCGACAAGAUCUAGUUGAUCGGAUCUACGACCAAUUUCAAAAGGCGCAAACCGUCAUCGAGAAGUGGGAUGGGCCAGACCGGCUUGAAAUGCGUUUGGCUGAAAGAUCGACCAUCGAGGAAAGGUUUUGUGAGGUGAAAGCAUUCCUGUUGAACAACAUCCCAGAAAGGUUGAGUAGUUCCACAUCAGCAGAGCCGACCGCACCAGCCAGCACAGCUAUGUUUCACCUACGUCUGCCCAAAAUAGAUCUACCGAGGUUCGAUGGUGAUUUUUCGCGAUGGUUGUCGUUCCGAGACACGUUCAAGUCCAUGGUGCACUCGAAUCCAGAUGUUCCAGCGGUUGCAAAGCUGCAGUACCUGCUACAAAGUUUAGAAGGCGAUGCCAAGAAACCUUUCGAGUCCGUGAACGUAGAGACUGACAACUAUAUCAUAACUUGGGAUGCGUUGAUGAAGCGGUAUGAUAACCAGCGGUACCUGAAACGACAGCUCUUCAGGGCAAUGUACGACCUCCAACCUUUGAGAAAAGAAUCUGCGAAGGAUCUCCAUGCAUUGACGGAUGACUUUGAUCGCCAUGUGAAGGCCAUGGCUAAACUGGGUGAGCCGGUAGGUUACUGGGAUACACCGCUAGUGAAUCUUCUGUGCUACAAGCUGGAUCCAACGACUCUGCGAGCCUGGGAGGAGAAAACGAGCGACCUUAGAGAAAUCACUUACCAAGAGUUGACCGAUUUCUUGUAUUCUCGAGCGAUGAUGCUGAAGACGAUCGUUUCAGAAGAGCAGCGCAACCUACAAGCGAUUCCAGCGAGGAUGACGGGAUCCCAACCGAAGAAGGCGUUCCGAUUAGUAGCCAAUCCUGUUGCGUCUGAUCCAAAACCCGAUUUACCAGUGUGCGUAGUAUGUUCGGAACGACACCAUCUAUUUCGCUGUAGGCAAUUCGCAAGUUUUUCUCCCUACAACCGACGGCAAGUUGUCACAUCCCAUCGUUUGUGUUGGAAUUGUUUCAAUUCCGGCCAUUUAUCACGAUCCUGUUCCUCCAGACACACUUGUCGUUUCUGCAAUGGAAAGCAUCAUUCUCUCCUCCAUGAUGCGAUCAAGUCCACCAACUUCAAUUCGGUUCCGAAACCAACUUCGCUUUCAUCGAAGCCGCCACUCCCAGCUCCGCAGCGCAGUACCGCUCCUCCAGAUGCAGAUCCGCAACCAUCAUCUUCGAGCCAACAAGUCUGUAUGACUGUUCAGACAUCAAACAGUACAGUUUUGUUAGAAACAGUAAUGCUUCUGGUGGUUGACAGUACGGGGAAGGAAAUUCCGGCGCGGGCGCUCCUUGAUUCCGCUAGCAUGUGCAGCUUCAUGACGAAGAAGUUGGCCAACACUCUCGAUCUUCGCCGUUCUACCGUUGACAUUGCCGUUUCAGGGAUUGGUGAGUCAUCCAAGCAGAUCAAGCGCCAGUUAACAGCGAAGAUUCGCUCAACAGUAACAAAGUACGCCACGAAGCUAGAUUUCCUUAUCCUCAAAAGGCCAACAGUUUGCCUACCGACAGUUAGAAUUGAUGUUGCUGCUUGGAAAAUUCCCGACGUUGACCUGGCUGAUCCACAUUUUUUCAUUCCUGCGGACAUUGACCUCAUCGUUGGCGGAGAAGUGUACCAUGAACUUCACGGCGGCAGCAAGAUUUCCCUCGGCAAUGAGAUGCCGACUUUAGUGGAGACUGUUUUUGGAUGGGCUGUAUCCGGAUCGGUUCCGAUAAAUUCCUCCGUAACACCCCGGUUAUGCCAUCUUACGACCAUCGAUCGAGACCUAGAACAAUCCAUCGAAAGGUUCUGGGAACUCGAAUCUCUGUUGCCGUCCCAAGCUCUAUCAGCUGAAGAAAUGAAGUGUGAAGAAGUGUUCAGUGCUACCACCACUCGCGAUUCGUCCGGUCGUUUCGUAGUUAGAUUGCCACUCACUAGUGACCCCCUGGUACGUGUUGGUGAAUCAAGAUCCAUCGCCGAGCGCCGCUUCCAAAGUCUAGAGAGGAGACUUAAGCGAGAUCCUGCCACUCGAGAAGCCUACGUUUGUUUCAUGGCCGACUACGAACGUUUGGGCCAUAUGAUUAAGUUGACUGAUCCAGUAGACGACUCUGUCCCCCACUGCUAUCUACCACAUCAUCCAGUCUUCAAGGAGUCAAGCACAAGCACCAAAGUCCGUGUUGUUUUUGACGCUUCGUGCAAGACAUCAACCGGUUACUCCAUCAACGAUAUGCAGUUGGUGGGACCUACUAUCCAGGACGAUCUACUGUCGAUCAUUAUGCGCUUCCGAACCCACCCAAUCGCACUCGUAGCCGACAUUGAAAAGAUGUACCGCCAAAUACAACUGCACCUAGACGACUGUACGUACCAACGCAUUCUCUGGCGCCAAAGUCCUGAAGAGCCUCUCGCAACGUUUGAGCUGCAGACUGUGACGUACGGUUUCGCUUCAGCACCAUUUUUGGCCACGCGCGCUUUACAACGUCUCGCUGAGGAUGAAGUCAGUCGUUUUCCUGUUGCCACCCCAGUUUUCAAGAACGACUUCUACGUUGACGACUGUUUGACUGGUGCCGAAGAUGUCGAAUCCGCCGUUCAACUCCGCCGAGAAGCAUCCGCUCUAGCUGCUUCUGCCGGUUUACCACUCAAGAAAUGGGCAUCCAAUGUUCCUGAAGCGCUUCGAGGUAUUCCUCCAGAAGAUUUAGCCGUAUCCGCAAUCCACAGCCUGCAGGACGAUCAGGCUGUCUCUACGCUCGGACUUGUUUGGGAAACAAGGUCUGACGUUCUACGUUUUCGAGUCCAAUUGCCCCUGCCAGCUCCAGUUCUCACAAAGCGCAAGAUAAUGUCGUACAUCGCCCAGAUCUUCGAUCCACUCGGUUUGGUUGGACCGAUUAUUACCGUCGCCAAACUGUUCAUGCAGCGUUUGUGGGGACUUCGAACAGAGAACGGAGAAUCUUUCGAAUGGGAUCGCCCACUACCAGCGUCGUACCAGGCCGAUUGGAAGGAGUUUCAUAGCACGCUGGAUACCAUCGCCACGAUCCAAGUUCCUCGAUACGUGUCUUCCGCCAAUGCCACAUCCUUUCAGUUGCAUUUCUUUUCGGAUGCGUCGGAGAAGGCCUACGGCAGCUGCUGCUACAUUCGGUCCGAAUGUAAUGGAGUCGUCCGUGUCAUAUUGCUGACAUCGAAGUCGAAGGUCGCACCGCUGAAGAGCCACCAUAGCAUUGCCCGUUUGGAACUUUGUGGAGCCGUUUUGUCUGUCAGCCUAUCCGAGAAGGUCAACCGUGCUCUCAAGUUGCCUGCCGAAGUGUUCUUCUGGACUGAUUCCUCGACGGUUCUUCAGUGGCUACAAUCACCGCCCAAUCGCUGGAAGACAUUUGUGGCCAACCGAGUGUCUAAGAUCCAGAAUUCGACCGAUGUAGAUUUGUGGAUGCAUGUUCGCGGAGAAUCGAAUCCAGCCGAUGUUCUGUCCCGUGGAAUAAGUCCGCCUGAGCUCGUCAAUCAUCCGCUUUGGUGGACUGGAUCUCCAUGGCUCCAGUUACCGCCUUCGCAGUGGCCACGAACCGAGUUGUCAGCCUGCCAAACCAGUUCGACGAGUGAAAUGAGAGUUCCAGUUGCCGCGCUUCCAGCUGUCGUGAAGGAUGACGAGUUUGCAGAUCGUAUCUUCGGAAUGUACUCCAGUUACCAAAAACUCAGGCGCUCCAUCGCUCACUGCAUGCGAUACUUCCGCUUGUUGAAAGCUGCUGCACGGAAGACGAAAAUUGACCCAUUCCAAGCACUUACCACCGCCGAUCUGCAAGAAGCAGAUUUGACACUGUGUCGUCUUGCCCAGAAACAGUGUUUUCCUGAGGAGUUAGCCACCCUAGCAUCGUCCGGUCGUCUUCCGUCUUCAUCGCAGUUGAAGUACAUCCGUACAAAACUAGAAUCAGAUGGAGUCAUUCGGAUUAGAGGAGUUCUGGCCAACGCAACCGUUCCGGAAGCUACGAAACAUCAAGUUGUUCUGCUCGCGAAACACCCGCUUUCAAACCUGUUGGCGAAGUAUUAUCAUGAGAAUUUAAUUCACGCCGGCCCACAACUAAUGCUCGCCACGAUCCGUCAAAAGUACUGGAUCAUUGGUGGACGCAAUCUAGUGCGCCGCACAUUCCAUGAGUGCCACAAAUGUUUCCGAUGCAGACCAAAGAUGAUCCAGCAAAGCAUCGCAGAUUUGCCUACGUCUCGUGUUGCGCCCCGAAGACCGUUUGCCGUUUCUGGUGUAGACUAUUGCGGACCAGUUUACAUCAAGUCUCUCGUCCGAAACCGAGGCCCAACGAAAGCAUACGUUUGCAUCUUCGUUUGCUUUACCACACGUGCCGUUCACAUCGAGUUGGUGUCUGAUCUCUCCACGCCGGCCUUCAUCGCUGCUCUUCGCCGAUUUUCUGCCCGCCGAAACUUUCCCCACGAGAUCCACAGCGACAAUGGCACUGCGUUCCGAGGUGCAAAUAACGAGUUGCAUAGAAUCUACCAGAUGCUGAAAACCGAACACGGAGGACGCAAGAACAUCCUGGAUUGGUGUGCAGAAUCUGGAGUUGCGUGGCAUUUCAUACCACCUCGUUCGCCCCAUUUCGGAGGUCUAUGGGAAGCAGCAGUGAAAUCAGCGAAGCACCAUCUACUGAGGGAAAUCGGCCACUCCAACAUUUCGUACGAGGACAUGACGACGUUACUAGCCGAGGUGGAGAUGUGUUUGAACUCCAGACCCUUGAUCCCGAUGCCAACCGAAUCCGACGAAUUGGAAGCCCUGACACCUGGACAUUUCCUUGUCGGUGAAAGCCUGCGAUCUCCACCCGAAGAAGACGUGACAACUGUUCCGGACAAUCAACUGUCGCAUUGGAAGCUCACGCAGAAACGGUUCCAACGAAUCUGGCGUAGAUGGUACCCAGAAUAUCUGCAGCAGCUUCAAGCCCGAGCCACCAAGCACCGUAGAACAUCAACUGUAAUCCAGCCCAACCAAAUGGUGAUCAUCCAAGACGAUCUACUUCCGCCAGCCCAAUGGCCACUAGGGAUCAUCACAGCCGUUCAUCCUGGGAAAGACGGCAUCGUACGAGUGGUCACCUUACGCACUGCGAAGCGAGAUGUCGUUUCCAGGUGUGUCAACAAACUUGCCCUGUUACCCGUACCAGAACAACCCGAAACCAAUCCAGCUGAUGAGCAGCCCGUUGGAGAACCGGUCACCGCAGUUCCUGAAACUAAUCAUGAGUAG